AUGGCACCACGACGAUACGAAGCAGAGAAGGUAGACCCCGCGCCAUUGGGCAAGCCUCUCGACUUUGCUUUCUCCAAGAAGACUGCUCAGAACCGAUUUCUCAAGGGUGCUAUGACCGAGCGCCUAUCAUCAUGGGAUCCCCAAAACCUCGAAGCUCGUGGUGUCCCGUCCAAGAACCUAGUCAACGUUUACCGACGAUGGGGUGAGGGUGAAUUCGGUGUCAUCCUGACCGGUAACAUCAUGAUCGAGUACGACCACCUAGAAGCUGCCGGCAACCCCAUCAUUCCCCGUGGCUCAAAGUACGAGGGUGAGCGGUUCGAGAUGUUCAAGGAACUUGCAACUCAGUCGAAGAAGCACGGUUCUUUGAUUGUUGGACAAGUCAGCCACCCUGGUCGUCAGGUAGCCGACAACAUCCAGAAGAAUCCCAUCUCCGCAUCCGAUGUACAGUUGGAAGGCAACGUCAUGGGCAUGACCUUUGCUAAGCCCCGCGCCGCAACCGACGAGGACAUUAAGAACGUCAUCGAAGGCUUCGCUCACGCAGCCGAGUACCUAGAGAAGGCCGGAUACGACGGUAUUCAACUCCACGGCGCUCACGGCUACCUACUUGCGCAGUUCCUUUCCCCAACAACCAACAAGCGCACCGAUAAGUACGGCGGAUCCCUCGAGAACCGUGCCCGCAUCGUCACCGAGAUCGGCCAGGAAGUACGCAAGCGCACAUCAUCUAACUUCGUGCUUGGCAUCAAGCUGAACUCUGUUGAGUUCCAAGACAAGGGUUUCGGCACAGAGGAGGCUGCGACUCUGUGCAAGCUGCUUGAGGACAACAGCUUCGACUUCGUCGAGCUGUCUGGUGGUACAUAUGAGAAGCUUGCUUUCGGUCACCAGCGCGAGUCAACUAAGAAGCGAGAAGCUUUCUUCCUCGAAUUCGCAGAGAAGAUUACACCCUCGCUCUCCAAGACCAAGACCUACGUUACUGGUGGCUUGAAGAGUGCUGCCGCCAUGGUGGACGCAUUGAAAACUGUUGACGGUGUCGGACUUGCCCGCCCAGUGUGCUUGGAGCCUGAACUGCCUCGCCAGAUCAUCAACGGCGAGGUUCAUGCCGCGAUCGACCAAUUGACCGACGACAACGACUUCGGUAUUACCAACGUCGCGGCUGGCACACAAAUCAGGCAAUUGGGCAAGGACCACCAGCCUAUUGACCUGAGUGACGAGAAGAACUUUGAGGCGUUCCAGAAGGACAUGGGUACUUGGGCCCAAGGCUUCUCAGACGACAAGACCGGAAGCAAGUACGGAUACGUCGACAUCGAGAGUGUUCAGCCCACUCCCUACGCCUCCGCUGCACCUGCCUCAUAA